ACCGGGUAGGGAAGGGGUGGUGACAACGGGAUCCCGGAAGCCCACCCUUCACCCGGAAAUGAUCACGGACGAACAUGGCGUUGCUGGUGCGAGUCCUUAGGAACCAGAGUAGCAUCUCCCAGUGGGUUCCAAUAUGUAGCCAACUGGUACCAGUGUCUCCUACACAAAGACAGUGGGGCAGGACUCUGUCCAGCACUUCCCAGGGGCCCCAGAUGAAUCAACCGCCAGUCUGUGCUAGAACUGAACCAGUUGUUGGAAUAGACUUACCACAGAGAAGGGGAUAUCACACCACAAAUAAGCAGCUUCCUACUACCAAAGAUUCCCCACAGCCUGUAGAGGAGAAGGUUGGUGUCGUCACGAAGAUAAUAGAAGCCAUGGGAUUUACUGGACCUUUGAAAUACAGUAAAUGGAAGAUUAAAAUUGCAGCCCUACGCAUGUAUACAAGCUGUGUGGAGAAAACUGACUUUGAGGAAUUCUUUCUAAGGUGUCAGAUGCCUGAUACAUUCAAUUCAUGGUUUCUUAUAACCCUGCUUCAUGUCUGGAUGUGUCUAGUCCGAAUGAAACAGGAAGGCCGGAGUGGAAAAUACAUGUGCCGUAUCAUGGUUCAUUUCAUGUGGGAAGAUGUUGAACAGCGAGGCAGAGUCAUGGGGGUUAAUUCCUAUAACCUGAAGAAGAACAUGAUCCUCAUGACAAAUAAUUUCUAUGCGGCAAUCUUGGGAUACGAUGAGGGGAUCCUUUCAGAUGACCAUGGGCUGGCUGCUGCCCUCUGGAGAACUUUCUUCAACCAAAAAUGUGAAGACCCUCGACAGCUUGAAUUGCUGGUGGAGUAUGUGAGGAAACAGAUGCAGUACCUGGACUCCAUGAACGGAGAGGAUCUACUUCUGACAGGGGAAGUGAGCUGGCGCCCUCUGGUGGAGAAGAAUCCACAGAGCCUCCUGAAGCCCAGUGUUCCUACUUACAACGACGAGGGUCUUUGAAAGGCUGGCCCUCUGGACAGUUGACUGGCUGGAUUUGAGGAACCUCCAUGGGACAAGUGCCUGUUUGGCUCAGGACCCUGAAGAAAGUGGCCUGAACUGACUUUUGAACAGUACCUAUUGAACACUUGGCCCGUUUGUGCUGAGUUUCUUCUUCCUGUGCCCAGGAGUCUGAUCUGGUUGGGUACAGUGCUGGGAGAUCCUCUGGCUCUUCUGAGGUGUUCUCUCCCUCAAGAGGAGCCCCAAGCACACUUCCUAAGUCCUGCAGCAACCACAUGUGACUGACAGCUUUUUUCAGCGGCUGAGGAAGAGCUGGGUAGGUUAGAAGGGAAAUACCCCACACCCAGGGGGCCCCCUGUGCCUAGGAGCAGCAUAUAAUGCUGCUGAUUCAAGACCAGUAGCUAUACACUGUCCCCCAACUGUGAGCCAUGGGGUUGAAGUGGCCAUUAAAAGAAAGAGACCUAUCUCUG